AUGAUUAAACAACAGCAACCACAACAACUUAAGGCGCAAAGCGCCCAGGUCCUUCAGACCAUUACAUACGCCAUAUAUGCAUAUAAUUCAAAGACGGCAGAACAAACGCAAAGGUUGAAAUAUGGAGAUUUGGAGAUAGUAUUGAAAAAUGACCGCUUCGAAUUCGUUUGCAAAGGUGGUGCAGUGAUAUCAAAUAUAAAAGAAAUUUUAUUUAUGAAUUCUAAAAUUAAAGGAAUAACGGAUGAUAUAACAUCAAUUCCACCAGAAGAACAGAGAUAUUACGCAUUAAAUGCAUUUCCUAAAGUUUUGAAGAUUGGAAGAUUUAAUUUAAAUGAGGAAUUCAUAGAAGGUUUCCUAAACGACAUAAUGAAGAAGGUGGAUAAGGAAUAUGUGGAUAGUGAGUUAGAGAAGAAAGCAGAUAAGGAAUACGUUAAUACUGAAUUAAAUAAGAAUUUUUUAUUUAUGUUGUCAAAAUGUCAUGUUGUCAUCAUUUUUAAGAGAAGUUAA